AUGCUCGUGAGUCAAGAAGCACUGAUCAUGAGAGCCACAAUAAGCCUACUAUCGAUCAGAUCGUCAGCGCAUAUACGGUGCUGUCGGAUCCCCUGCAGCGUAAGUCCUAUGAUGCAGCCUUGA